UGUUACAGAGCAGUCUCCGUGAGGGAGACAUUAUCAUUUCACAUCCUUGGAGAAAAGUGGCCCCUUCAGAAGGACUGGUAGCCCCACGCCUAGAACACGGGUCGCUUGCUGGACGUCUCUGAAGGAGAAAAUCCAGGAGCGGCCUCUUUAAGAAGAAGCUAAAACACGACUUUGCCAUUCUUCAUGUCUGGACUCCUUUACCCAGAGACCCUCGCGGAGCCGUUGGGGCCGAACUACAUUGACCAGAAGGCUCCGGGGGAUGGCGGCGGCCCCUGGAGCAAUCACAGCCAGCCUACAAGAGCUAUUUCCUGUGGUUCUAGUAGGUGGCUGCGGGACUUCUGGUAGCGCCCUUGCGGACGUUCUUUUUGCUCUUUACGGGUCGUUUUACGCCGCCCUUGGGGACCCUGACGCUGCGUCCUAGCCGCUUUUCAGGCGUCUUCUCGGGACCAGACAGAGAGCAGGAUGGGACCGAACCCCUCGCAUUCUACGAAAUGACCUUCUGUAACGUGGUGUCCUCCGCACCCGCUCUGGAUCCCCGCGGCCCCCGGAGACGGCGCCCUCGGACUCAGUGCGCGUUUAUACCGUGGAGACUGAGUCCCCGAGUGUGACGGGCGGCGGGCGGGCACCUAGUCCAGUGCAGGUGUGGGGUUGGCCGACCCCACAGGUCUAGUCAGGGUCCAAUGGCGGCAGCGGCGGCGCUGAUGGACCAGGCGCGGGGCUGGGGAACCUUUGAGGACGUGGCUGUGUUCUUCUCUCAGGAGGAGUGGGAGCUCCUGGAUGAGGCUCAAAGAUGCUUGUACCACAAUGUGAUGCUGGAGAACUUGGCACUUGUGGCCUCGCUGGGUUGUUGGUGUGGAGCAGAGGAAACCCGUCCUGAGCAGGGUGUUUCCAUACAAGGAAUGCUCCAGUUCAGGACUCCUGAGGCAGGUCUUUCCACCCAGAAGGUCAAUCCCUGUGACGUGUGUGGCCUGGUCUUGAAAGGCAUAUUGCAUAUAGCUGAGCACCAGGGAACACACCCUAGGCACAAACCAUACAAGUUUGAGGUGUGCGGGAAAGGCUUCCUACUCAGUGCAAACUCUUGCCAGCACCAGAAGCACAGUGGGGAGAAACCCGUCACAUGCAAGGAGUGUGGUAAGGACAUCAUGGACAGCCACUAUCUCCUCCAGCACCAGGGCUCCCACAGUGAGGGGGAGCCACGCAGGAGCCCGGGACACGGGGAAUCCCCCCGACCCAGCCCCCGUCACCAGCAGCAGGGGAUCCAUGCUGUACAGAAGCCCCUCAAGUGUGGCGGCUGCGGAAAGGCCUUCCUGAAGGCCCUCGUGCUCCUUGACCACCUGCUAACUCACUCCACAGGGACACCCUUCAGCUGCCCAGUAGAUCAAAAUGCCCCCACAGAGAAUGCGACCCUUGUUCAUCACCGAAAAGUUCACACUGGAGAAGUACCACACGUGUACAAGGCUUGUGGGAAGGCCUUCAGCCACCCAUCUAAGCUGAGGAUGCACCAGAAGGUUCAUGCUGGAAAAACACAUCACAGUUGCAGUGAGUGUGGGAAGGCCUUCACCCGCAAACACUCACUGGUCCAGCAUCAGAGAGUCCACACUGGAGAGCGGCCAUAUGAGUGUGCACAGUGCGGGAAGGCCUUCACUCGCAGCUUCCAUGUGGUUCGGCACCAGAAAGUGCACAACACAGACCGGCCUUAUGAGUGUAGACAGUGCCGGCGAGUCUUCAGCUGUAUCUCCAACUUUGUUGAGCAUCAGAAAAUCCACACUGGGGAACGGCCUUACGAGUGCAGUGAGUGUGGGAAAGCCUUCAUUAACAGCUCUCAUCUGGUCCGGCACCAGAAAGUGCACAACACAGAGAGGCCUUUUGCAUGUAGUAAAUGUGGGAAAGCCUUCCGACAGACCUCCAAGCUUAUUCUGCAUCAGAGGAGUCACACCGGAGAAAGGCCUUAUAAGUGUAGCCAGUGUGGGAAAGCCUUUAGCUGUCCCUCCAACCUCAUCCCACACCAGCGAAUUCACACUGGAGAAAAGCCUUAUGAGUGCUCCGAAUGUGGGAAAGCCUUCAGUCAAAGCUCUGCCCUCAUUCAGCACCAGAAGGUUCACACCAGAGAAAGGCCCUACGAAUGCAGUGAGUGCGGGAAAGCCUUCAGCUACAGCUCGAACCUUGUUAAGCACCGCAAAGUCCACACUGGAAAAAGGCCUUAUGAGUGCAGCCAGUGUGGGAAGGCCUUCAGCGAAAGCGCCAUCCUCAAUCAGCACCAGAGAGUUCACACUGGAGAAAAGCCUUACAAGUGCAACAAAUGCGGAAAAGCUUUCCGCUACAGCUCAAACCUCUCUAAGCAUCAGAAGGGUCACACUGGAAAAGAGCCUUUGGAGUGCAGAGGACACAGGAAUGCCUUCAGCCAGAGCUCCAGCCUCACUCAGCACCAGAGGGGACACAACAAAGAAAGGCCUUAGAAGUAUGGCAAAUGUGGAAAACCAUGAGCUUGGGCUUUCUCCUUGUUUACCAUAAAAGGACUUGCUCCUGAGAAAACUGUGAAAGGAAUCUCUGUGAGGAAGCCAUCAGCCAAAAAUGGAAACUUGCACAUCUCCACACCCCUACUGGGAGAUUGCCAUGAGUGCCAGAUAUGUGGGAAGCUUUACUUCCAAGUAUGUGGGGGCUAUACUGCACUUUCUAAUCUGUCCAGGUUGUUUGCCAGAUAAUGUCACUGCCAGAUGCCAUCUCACCUCUACCAGCUGGCAGGUCCCCACAGCAUGUGCCUGUCAUCUCAGCAUACUCAGGGAAGGCAGACCUUGUGCUCUGAUUCCCUGGAAGGAGCCGUGACUGAUGGGAACCCUUUGGUGUGGCCUCAUUUCCACCUCCCUUCUGUCCCCAGUAGGUCAGGCUUUCUCUUGGCCUAGUUGCAGCAGGAUCUGGACUGGAGUCUGAGGACUUCUUGACUAGGUUUCCCUUCUUUGUAGGCAUGGUUGAAUCUAUAGAUGAUGCCUACAGUAGGUCUGUCCAGCCUCCAAAUCCCCCAGCCCUGGAACAGCCUGCCUUGAGUGUGACAAUAAAGGCCUUAUUGUUGAAGCCA